UCGGGUUCGGGUACAUACUCUGUGGUCACUUGAAUUACCCCGCUUGUCGCAAGGUGGCACUGCUGCUGCAGACGGAUUAUUCAUGAUCGACCUGUAAACAGAGAAGCAUGUGGGAGAGUGGGAAACAUGUUAUGUGCACGAAUUCAAAAGCGUUUCUCAAUGAAACUUGCUGUUAAGUCGUUUAAAAGUUCAUCCUAGGCGAAAUGGGCCUUGUAUUGAGUCACACUAUUGUGUCGCUAUUUCUGUAUUAUCGUAACCGAGAUCGCCAUGCUCAUCUACUGGAUGUUGCUGACCAAACUUCAUUCCCCGAAAGACUGGGUGAUCAGGAGGCCCUGUCACCCCUUGAUGAUGUGGCAAGGUUAGGAGAUCUGUAUGAUGCCAUCAGAGAGGCACUCGAUGCUUUGCUUCAUCGAAAAGUGAAUUCAAUUGUUUACAUUUUGGACGAAAAAUCUGAUGUGUUGUAUGCUGACAAAGAAAAAAAAUAUGCUGCACCAAGCAAAGGAAUCAUUAGAGAGACAUUGGAGACGCAGCAGUUUCAUGUUCAGAGUAACGAUGUGGCCUCCGACCCUGUUAUAGCAGUGAUUAAAGCCCAGUGUAAGCCACCUAGCAGCUGGAACCCCAAAACAGUUUAUUGUUUACCAGUGACAGAUGAAGAAAAUCAGAAAAUCUUGGCCUUACUUGUGAUUGAAGAAAAUGAGACUGUAGAAAUAAACAAAAUAACUCCAUUGAAACACAAGAUCGUGGGAUGCUACAGGAGACUUUGUAAAUGCCACCGGGAUAGCUCCUCCAACUACGCUCCAUCCAACGCAUCCAACCCUACUGCCGCCAUUGGAAAGACCGGAGACAAGGAUGCCAUCCUCCGACUCUGCGGCGACCUGUACGAUCAAGAUGCAUCCAGACUUCAGCUUAAAGUCAUCCGCUUUUUGGAGGAACAGACCAAUGCAGAGUGUGCUUUCUUGCUGUUGGUUGUACCAGAAACACAAGAGUUGUUUUGCCAGGUGAUAGGAGGACUAGUUUUAGAGGAAGAAAUCAAGUUUCCAGGCCCUAACAGUGUGUUUAGCUUGCCUUUAGAAUCGAAGAAACCAAUGAAAUUAGAAGAUGUACCAUUGGAUAAGAGGAAAGACAUAGAAAACUUUGUAGGAGUGAAAUUAAAGUCCAUGUUAUGUGUUCCUGUAUCUAGCAGAAAUAAUGACGGUUUAAUAGCUUUAGCAUGCGUGGUUAAUAAGAAGGAUGCUGAAAAUUUUACCAAUGAUGACCUGCAGGCCAUUCUCCAGUGUUUUCAGUACACAUCGACAGUGCUAACUAGCACGUUAGCAUUUCAAAAUGAACGAAAGCUCAAACUUCAAACUCAGGCUAUGCUUCAGGUGGCCAGAAAUUUGUUCACUCAUUUAGAUGAUUUAACCAAACUUCUCCGAGAAAUUAUGCAAGAGGCAAGAAAUCUUACACAGGCCGAGAGAUGUUCUGUGUUUUUGAUUGACAAAGAGACAAAAGAACUAGUCGCUGAGGUGUUUGAUGGUAUAUCUACCAAUAAUAAAGAGGAACAUAAUGAAAUCCGAAUGCCUAUAACUCAGGGAAUAGCAGGUCAUGUUGCCACCACAGGGAAUUUGCUGAACAUUAAGGAUGCGUACUCCCACCCAAUGUUCUAUAGGGGCAUAGACGACUCUACAGGGUUCAGGACCAGAAAUAUACUGUGCUUUCCAAUUAAAAAUGAGAGAGGAGAUGUUCUGGGUGUGGCCCAGCUCUGUAACAAGAAGACGGGACAACACUUCACCGAGUUUGACGAGGACUUAGCCUCGGCGUUCGCAGUCUACUGCUGUAUUAGUAUUAGUCAUUCGCUGAUGUACCAGAAUGUAUUAGCUGCACAGUAUCGUAACAGUUUAGCCAAUGAAUUAAUGAUGUACCAUAUGAAGAUUUCUCCAGAUGAUGUAGAAGGGUUGCUUUCAAGAGACAUUCCUUCCGUGGCACUGUGGGGAGUGGAGUUUGAUAAAUUCCCCUUCCCUCCCAGGGAAAUUCCCGAGCCAGAAACACCUUUGUGCGUGUUGGCCAUGUUUGAAGAUCUGGGUUUUCUGUCUAGAUGGAGAAUAAGAAAGGAUACUCUUGUUCGGUUUGUUUUGAUGGUGAAGAAAGGCUACAGAAAUCCACCUUAUCAUAACUGGACCCACGCAUUUGCUGUGGCACAUUUUUGUUUCCUGUGCAUCAAAAAUUUAAAUCUUCAACAGAGUCUAGAUGAUAUGGAAUUGCUAGCUCUAUUUGUGUCCAGUCUGGGACAUGAUUUAGACCACAGGGGUACUAAUAAUCAGUACCAAAUGUCCUCCAAAUCUGUUCUGGCUGCUUUGUAUAGCUCAGAGGGCUCUGUAAUGGAGAGACAUCAUUUUGCCCAGACAAUGUGUAUAGUGAACACUGACGGCUGCAAUAUUUUUGAGAACCUGUCUAGCAAGGAUUACACCACGGUGCUGGACCUGGUCAGAGACAUCAUACUGGCCACAGACCUCGCUCAUCACCUCAAAAUCAUGAACAGUCUCAAAGAGAUGGCUAAAGUUGGUUUUGACACCAAAAACGAGAGGCACCACUCCUUAUUGCUUUGUCUGCUGAUGACUGCGUCUGAUUUAUCUGACCAAACGAAGCCAUGGGACAACACAAAACAUGUAGCGGCGCUGAUCUACAGGGAGUUCUUCUCACAGGGUGACAUGGAGAAGUCGCUGGGACAAAAGCCAGCAGAGAUGAUGGACCGGGAGCGGGCCAGAAUUCCGGACCUUCAGAUUGGAUUCCUGGACCACAUCGCUCUCCCAGUUUACAAAGUACUGGCGGACUUGUUUCCUGCAUCAGGCAUAGUGAGAGACACUGUGGUAGAUAACCGCCGACACUGGGAGAAGAUUUGUGCCCUGAUCAAGAUCCGGCGAGGCGGCAGCUGUGAACAGAUGAGUUACGACCAGAUCUUAGCCAUGGAGGAGGAAGAGGCCAACGCAGAGAUUGAAAACUACAACUUACAAAACCAGAAACAGAACGGGCGGUGACAUCUGUACUGACCCAAAAUAUCAGCUAAAUCUUCACAGAAAGAGAGAGAUAGUGCACCAUACAUGUAAUGAAUAUUUCAUACUGAUAAGUAGCUGUCCUCAGGCUUCUAGCUAUGAGAGGGCACAACUAACUACUGUUGUGAUAUUAGCAGGAUGAAAGAGAAGAGACACUUGGGUAAUUUUUAUCAUGUGUUGAAGCUUUUUUUGUCCGUGAGCAUGGGCAAAUUAUGUGCAUGCAUUUGUCUGCAGAAUAUAUUGCCCCAGACCACCAAAGACAAUUCCCAGAUAGCAAUUCCAAUGUGGAUUAAAUGCAGCGAGCUCUCUGUUCAUUUAGAAAGUAUGUGUUGUUUAUUUUACUGGUACUGUCAAAUGUAGAACGUGAUAAGUCGAACAUAUCAAGCCGACAGUCGUCAGUUGUCCCACAGCUGAAUCCCAGAGAUAACCAUAUCAAUGAUUAGCUUAUUCUUCUCUCUCUCUCUCUCUCUCUCUCUCUCUCUCUCUCUCUCUAGUUCAAUACCAAAUAACAGUAAAUCAUAUUUCUAGCUCACAGCCAAUGCUGUAAAAUGGCACAAUUAAUACUUAUUUAUCAAUACAAGAUGAUACAAUUCUGUUUCCUGAAACCAUUCAAAUUGUUUUUGUUAGCUGUUUUUUUUAGAGAGCACUAUAUUUAUAUUUUGUUAUCCUAACUUAUUCUUCGAUGUUUUACACUGCAUGUUUUCUAUUUUUAUCAAAUCCAGAGUAACUUGUGCCAGAUAUUUUGACAGAUGUCUAGCAAUUCUAUUUUCAGACAUUACCAUGCCUGAUAAUUUAUUUUGUUUGUUUUGACUGUUAUGCAACAAAAGAAAUGAAGGGAGACUAUAAAUUCAAGCUACGCAAACCAUCAUAAAUGAUUACUAGAUAAUGGAGUUAGGGCAUUUUUGAAUAUUUGUGCAGUAUUAUGUCAAUGAGAGUAAAUGUGUCCUGUGCUGAAUUUACAGUGUCAAUUAACCACCACCUAUUUUAACCUUGAAUUUUUAUCCGAUGUUUUUUUUAUUAUUUUAAUCCCUUUAAUUUAUGGUUUUUGUUGUGUGUUUUGUUAUAAUCGUUAUUUUGCACUCUGUAAAAGCAGUGAUAUGUUUGUUUAUGGAGAAAACAUUUACACCAGAAAUCUCUUUACCAAAAGUUCAAGAAUUUUUUUUUUCAUGAUGAAGUCAUGCACCCUCCAUUACCUAUAUGUAUAGUCCCUGGCUUUGUACAAGUCAGUUGGUGUGCGUGAGAUGUAAGUGGCAGGACAGGCUAUCCAAGAAAAAAAUUAGAUCUGCAGGCUUCUAUAUUUCUAGAAUAUUUAAUACUCAGCCAUUAAGUCGGAGAGAUCUUCUUGAAGGCUUUUAUACGUGUACGAAAUUGUCAAGAUUUUUUUUUAUUUUACAACAAAAAGAUGAUGUACAUGAAUAUUGCAUUGCAAAAAUCCAUGAUUAUGAUGUGAAUGUUCCAUUUAUCAUAUACACCAGUGUAAAUUAUUUCAGCAUACCUCUAGUGAUAUUUGAUAGAUAUAAGCAAGAGGAAAUAUUUUAGUAAAUGUGCUGUCAUAAGAAAAAUUACUAAAUGUCUUGUCUAGUAUUUAUUAUUAUUUAUAAUACUCCAAAGCUUGCUGAAAUCCCAUAUAUAUGAAUCCGUUAACUUGGCAACAAAACCCACAAAUUUAUGUGUGGAAGUUUUGCUGUCAUGAGUGAUAUCCUAUGUCAAUUAAUUUAAAUGCAAAAGUUGUUUUUAUUUUCCAUUUUGCAGGAAAGUACUAUUUUUACAAUUAAGUGUACUUUUUUUUUUAAAUUCCAGAUUACACCAUCUUUGUAAUUGAUGUUGGGUUCAUGAUAUAAUAUAUUGAGUUCUUGUAUGUUAUAAGGAAACGUUUCUCUUCCUGAUGUUGCUGAUUAAAUUUUAAGUACCUGA